CCCUCAAACCACCUGCCUUAAAUGACAGCGGGGCACAGCGGUUCUCUGUUGUUGUUGUCGCCCUUUGGCGCAGACUCUGACAGCUGGUUAAAGGAAGCCCCGCCAGAGUAUCAUUUAAAAAAAACGGGAACGCGAAAGCGUGUAUAUUCAGCUCUGGUCGUUGGGUGCACGGCGCUUUCCGUCCGCAAACGGUUGCUCUCUUUUUCUAUCAACCGUCCUCUUCCUCCGCCACAUUAACAUUAGCUUAGCCGCCUGCUAGUGCUCAGCGACAUUAUGGCAGGCGUGUUGAUGGGAGAGCUCUUCCUUAUUGCGCUUACCUAAAGAGGCAGUUCUGCUUUCAGUGGCUGACCUAGUGGCUGAUAAAUCCCCAGAGGCUUCCUGUAAAAGAUUCACAAACUGCCAUGGAGCCCAACGCGGCUACGGGCUGUGUGAACUUGGGCAGUCUGACCAGCACCUUACCGGUGAUCCCCUACCAGAAGCUGACAGACCUGUACUACCUGAGCAGAGGAGGGUUCGGCACCGUGUUUAAGGCGCAGCACUCCGACUGGAGGACCACUGUGGCCAUCAAGUGCCUGAAGAUCGACUCUCCUGUUGGAGAAAGAGAGAGGAACUGUCUGCUGAAGGAGGCAGAGGUGCUGCACAAAGCCAGGUUCAACUACAUCAUCCAGAUCUUUGGCAUCUGCAAUGAGCCAGAGUUCUUCUGCAUAGUCACAGAGUUUAUGAGCAAUGGCUCCCUGGACCUGUUGCUCCACGAGAAGGACAUGUACCCUGUUCUUGCCUGGCCUUUGCGACUGAGGAUUCUGUAUGAAAUCGCACUUGGGGUUAACUUCCUUCACAACAUGAACCCACCCCUCUUACAUCACGACCUGAAGACGCAGAACAUACUGCUGGAUGGCGAAUUUCAUGUUAAGAUCGCAGACUUUGGCCUUUCAAAGUGGCGGCAGCUGUCCGUCAGUAAAGGCUCAGGCUCCAAACCCACAGAGAUGGGGGGCACAGUGAUCUACAUGCCCCCUGAGAAGUACGAACCAUCAACCAAGAGCCGUCGUGCUGAUGUGAAACAUGAUAUGUACAGCUAUGCCAUUAUUAUGUGGGAGGUGCUGUCCAGGCAGAUACCAUUUGAAGAGGUGACAAACCCCAUGCAGAUCAUGUUCAGCGUGCUGCGUGGUAUGCGUCCUGACACAAACCUGGACAGUUUGCCGGCUGACAUCCCCAGCAGAGGAACCCUCAUCAGUUUAAUGACCUGCGGCUGGACCGCCAAUCCUGAUGAACGGCCCUCUUUCCUCCAGUGUUUGAUGGAGCUGGAGCCCAUGGUGCGAAAGUUUGAUGAAAUUGAAUUCUUGGAGGCUGUGCUGCAGAUCAAGAGGUCAAAGUCGAGGCCGGGGCGAUCAGGCUGCUGUUCAGCUCAGCCAUCUUGUGAGAAGAGUAGUGAAGAGAAAACCCUGAACGCUCUUAAGAGCAGGCCCAGCCCCUGGCCGGAGAGCUGCCCCUCAGGCUCAGGCUCUGGCUCUUGUUCCUCCCAGGACACAGACAUAUCUCUACCAGGCGCCCUCACCAGCAGUAAUGCUGCACCGUCUAAAGGCAGCCCUCCAUCAUCAUUCAUAGCUAAUACGCUGGAGCCUCCGGAGUCUCUGAAGGAAUCUGCAGUCAACAAUCUUAAUGGCUACCAGAGCGCUAGGCCCAUGAAUGAUUUGAAUAAUGUGCCGGUUUCCGAGUGUGAGACUCGACUGGACAACCUCACCCUCAAGCCACAGCUUCUGCAGCAAGCAGAUUACUGUCCUCCACUGCAGCACCCCCCACCCUCACAAGGCCCCAUCACCCAGUGGAUCGCAACACGGCGCGAGGAGAUCGUCUCCCAGAUGACAGAGGCCUGUUUGAACCAGAGCUUGGACGCCCUGCUGGCCCGCUCCAUGCUGAUGCAAGAGGAUUACGAACUCGUGGUGAACCAGCCCACGCGCACUGCUAAGGUCCGCCAGCUCCUGGACAACUGUAACAGACACAACGAAGACUUCUGCCGCAUUGUCGUGCGCAAGCUGCAUGACAACAAGCAGAUGGGCCUGCAGCCGUACCCGGCUGAAAUCACCUCACCUACCACAGCCCUCGUCCCCAGCGCACCACCGCUGUCCAUGUCCUACAAUAUCCCCAGGAACAUGUAGCAGCAGUCACGGCCAAGCACUGGACACAAUCCAGGUAACAGACUGUGCCAACUUUACACUACAGUUUGCUCUUACUGAACCCGCUGUCAUCGAGAUGCUCACCGUGUUUCCUGUCGGACUUUCCCUCGAAAAGACUGAGGGACAGCUGGUUGAGGAAAACGAGUCACAGGUACAAAGUUAAGCUACUGUUUUGAAAGUUAUUAUCCUCUCAUCAGUUAGAGAUGGAUCAGAUUCUGUAUUAUCAGAAUCAAAAGAUUUUGACUGAAUCAGUGAUUUUUAUUUAACAACGUUCUGGAUUUAAUGAAGUGUUUUAUUUAUAGUCUUUUCCUACUGUGUGGAUGUAUUGCAGAGUUUCAAUCCUUCUGCCAUGUUAGGCUUUUUUGGUCUUCAAAAAUCAGUUACCAUUAAUUAUGUAGCCUAGUAUUUUUAUGCGUGUGUGCGUGUGUAGAAGUGUGUGAAGCCUUAUUUGUAGAGUGCAAACAUCCUCAAUACACUCAGUUGAUCUGAGUAAGUGACAGGAGGACUGUUAACAUGCUGGAAAACCUGCAGCAAAAAUAAGGUUUAUUCCUAUUAUAGCAAUCUUAUCUCAAAGUAUCAUGUAGUAAUGGGUUCACUUUUCUGAGAAUGUUUACCUUCUGAGUUAAGAGAGGGACUAUGUGGCCCCUCAGAGGAGCUAAGAGUGUGUGUCUUUGCUUGAAGCACAUAACCAAUAAUAAAUCAGUGAGAAAAUGCAUAGUCAAGUGUUGUGCAAGAAAUACUUAAUACGUAAUAAUAUCUUACUACGUGUUCUUGAACGGUUACAGUUCCACGUAGCUCAGAUGUCAUGUUGGAAUCAGUUAUGAUUUUAGUAGACUGCGGCCAUGUGACUGGAAACUUUUUGUCCCUGUCUGGCCAUUUUGUCCUCACCCUCUUUUUACUGCUGAGCUAAGGAGAGUUGCUGAAACGUGGAGUAAAGAGGAAGUUGAGAUUGUAAUAUAACACCCACAAAGAGAGGGAUAUGUGCGUGCCCGCUCGUCUGUAUCUAGAUCACAAGUGGACCAAAGCGAUCUGAACCUCUGAUUUCUCUUGGUCUUCUCAGCAGUGGCCUCACCUCUCAGUAUUCUUAAUAAUGUCCACUUCAGACUCAUCUGGAUACUUCAAGAGUUACAGUUCUUCCGUGCACUCUGAGCUGAGCGCUUCUGAUCCUUCCGAGCUGAGACUAGAGCAAUACGUGAACCAAGAAAAUCAAACCUGUUUUUCUUGUAGCAGUAUAUGACACAGUCCAAGCUGUCACUCUGCUUUACUUGCGCAAAUAGUUCCACAAUAUCUGUGCUGCCUAAUCCGCUCAAAAUGACAGUAACACACGUUAAAAUAUUUUUCCGUCUGUUUCUUCUAGACAUUCAGCAAGGCAUAAAUCUGUAGACAAUACACACACUCACAUUAAAACAGUAGCACCAGUUUAUCUUAAAACCUGUUUGUCAGCCGCAGAGUUUACUGCCACUUCAUUCCUAUGUCUAAGAAAUAAUAUAUAUGCUUUGUGCCAAAAUACUCUGUGGUUGAGAAACAAAUGGUUUCUAUUUAAUGACGCAGUUGUUACUUUCAGUCCUCCCUCACUCAUCUGUGUAGUUGUGUUGGCGUGUGCGUGGGUAAUACAGCUGCAACUAAUGAUUAUUUUCUGUCAGAAAGCAACAGUUCACAGUUUCCCAGAGUCCAAAGUGACAUCUUCAGAUUUUUAGAUUCGUCUGACUAAGAAAACAAAGCAAAUGUUUUAAUUUUAGAGGCUGCAAUCAGUGAUUUUUGUUUUGUUUUUUUUUUUAAAUAACUUCAAUCAAUUGAUUUUCAGACAGGUUACAAAUUUAGUUUCUGUUGAUUGACUAAUUGUUUCAGCUCUGGUGUGUAUGUGUAAAGUUUCUCAUUAAGGGCCUUACUGUCUCCAUCACUGCUCUCACUUUUUCAAACGGGGGCUUAAAUUACAGUAUUGUACCUGUGGUAUUUACUGCCUUGUAUAUCCAUAAGUUCAUCACAGAACACAGAACGUUUGUUCCCAUUUCUCUACUAAAAUGCUCUUCUUCGUUGCUCAUAGUGUGGAUGCACAAGUUCCCUGUCAUUAAGUCCAGAGUGAACUGCAGUUCGAUAAUGACCGUGCUCUGAAAACCACAGAGGGAAAUGAGCCACAGCAGGUCACGCUUAGAGAGACUCUGCUGCAAGAAAUAUUACACAAUGAUAUAAUGUCAUUUAAAUGACAACAGGAAGGCCAACAAGGUCGAUAUACUUCCAUAACGUUGGACUUGUAUUGCCUUGUCUUUAAUAACUGUGCCUCAUAUUCUGCUUUUGGUCUCAACUAUAGUAACGCGCAAAAGCCUUUUACACACAUAUCAAGCAAAGAUGAGUAAAAAUGUUACAAAUUUGAUAGCCUAAAUGUGUUGUAACAUAUUUUAUACUGUAGAUGAUAGUUUCAUCUUUUUAUAUAUAUAUUUUCAUGUGAUCUCUUGUUAAAUGCAAAGUUUUUUUUUUGUGUUUGGUAUCCAUAGACCUGCCUUGACAUAAUUUAGUGCCCAUGUCAUUAUCAGUGUCAGUUUAUCAAACAGUAAUAUUAUGUAUUACAUAAAGUUCAGUUGAUGUGUAGCUGUAGUUUGAACAGAAACUGGGAUUUUUCAAAGACUGUAUCAAACUCAAUUAAAAUUGGUACUCUGUUUCUA